AUGCAAACGAGACUGCUGCUACCAGCCCUGACUGCCGUUCUCCUGACAAGCGCCACGACAGCUCUCGCUCAGGCGUCAAACUCCUCCUCUCGCCCAGCUUCGCUUGCCUCGGCCUCUUCCUCCACCGCCAAUGCACCCGCGCCGACUUCUACAGGCGUCAAGACGACCAUAUCGCUACCGCCACUGUACGAGUGCGAGUUUGCAACCUGGACCUACACCGCACCCGUCGGGCCCAAGUACCUCGGCAUCUACGUGACCGGGACGCAGAACUUCCUCGAGACGUACAGCCUUCCCUCGGUCUACGACGAACGGCAGAAUGGAACGUUCUCCUGGAAAGUGGACUUGCCUGCGGGUCUGUCGGUCGCAGCGAUGUUUUACGUCGUCGCGGACGGCGCGUCGGGCACGAAUGGAGCUCAGGCGUCGACGCCGGAUGCUGUCAUCAACGCAGGCUCGAGCGGGGCAGAUUGCCUGGGCACGAACGACCCCGCUUCACAAGCGCAAAUCUACAGCCUCGCUUCGUCGCUUGACCCGAGCUUCUCGGCGACAAAGUCGAACUCUUCCCCAACUUCCGCUGCUAGCGAAGGAGGCGGAGGUGGCGGAGCGAACAUCGGUGCCAUCGUCGGAGGCGUCGUUGGCGGCAUCGUCGGAAUCGCCUUGAUCGCGCUCCUCCUCAUCUAUCUCAAGAGGAAGCACGAUGCGCAGGCCGGCGACGCCUAUUCGCUCUACUCGGGACGCAGCGAGAAGCGCGGGUCGUUCCACCAGCCUCGCUACGGCGAAGGACCCGCUUCAACAGGCGGUCUGACGGCUCCUCCGCCUGGCACGUACUACGCGACCGACGACCAAGGCAACCUGCACCUCGUCAUGGGCUACCCGCCGAACGAAGGCGAGCCGGCUUACGUCCCGCCGCCUCCCGAGCCUGCCAUGUCGGAAGCUCCUCUCAGUCCCGCUCCUUUGCGCACUGCGCCCGUCGGGACCCUUCCCGAGCCUAUGGACGAAUCGGCGCCGCCGAAGACGACGACUCCAGCUGGCGCACCUGUUUCUCCUUUCCGCGGCGCGACUCCUCCUGCCUCUCCCACACCAACUUCGCACCCGUUCACUCCCGUCACCGAACGCAACGGCUUCCUCGCGCAUCAAGGUCUCGACGACCCGUCGACCUUCUCGCCAGCUCGUUCGCAGCACUAG